AUGCUCCAGUCUUUAUUACAACCCAGUAGCCAACGGACAAAGUGUACAGCCAAAAAAAUGAUUGGGGCUAUGCCAGCAGUAGCCGUCCGGCAUGAGCGGCGGCGUGCGGAGAAGCGGGGCGGGGGGAGGCGGCCAUCGCAGCUUCCCUUGCAGUUGGGUAGAGGAGUUGAAGAGGCCAGUCCUUCGCCAGAUGGUCGAUUCACUCACAAGCUGUACUUCUGUAGGAAGACAGCAUUCUUGCACGCCGUGGUCGGCUCGCUUCUCCUGGGUAUAGUUGUCCUCGUGGUGGGCUUGGUGCAACUAUCUCCAGGCGCGGAAGCAGCACAACACCGAUAUUACCUGAUGGGGUCUGGUGCAGCUCUUGUUGGUGCCGGUAUAUUAGGAGCUGUACUUAGAUGUGUCUGCAUACACUGUUACAACAGGAAGUACCGAUCGAAUUACCACGUACCGCGACCAAAACCAACAGGCGAUUACAGGACAUACAACGAGAAGCAUGCUGUCAGUAUUGUGGAGACCCCUCAAUGUCGUCCAAAGCUGAAGAGCCAGUCAAGUGUAGGGGAAGUCGACCUCAUUAAACAACCUUCUGUCGGAAGCGACACUUAA